UGUCAUAGGGCUUACGUAACCUGUCCAUCUGACUUUUGUACUUGCCAGUUGAAAAAGGGGCUGUGGGCUUUAUUUAAGAACUGUGUAGGGGAAAUCUAGCAAAAACAUGCUUUCGAGGGCCGCAAUUCUUUCCGGUCAAAACUCCAGGGCUCUGAUGGCGUUGUGCAGGGCGACUGGCACUUCAGCCACUAGCAAUGCGGCCGCUGUUGCUGAUACGCCUGCCAGUUCCACUGCUUUAAGGCCUCAACGACAGGAACCUGGCAAAGUGCGCUUUGGCUUCGUUCCAGAAGAGUGGUUCCAGGCCUUCUACAACAAAACUGGAGUGACCGGCCCCUACGCCUUUGCUUUCACUCUUUCCACCUAUUUGGUGAGCAAGGAAAUCUACGUAUUGGAGCACGAGUUCUACAGUGGACUGUCCAUUCUGAUCAUGUGGACCUACGGAAUCAAGAAAUUAGGCCCCAAAGUGGCUGCCUUUUUAGACAAGGACAUCGACAACUACGAAAAGGAAUGGAAUUCUGGGCGAGAAAAUGAGAAGGAAGUCUUGCAGAGCCAGAUAGCCAAUGAGGAAAAGCUCCAAUGGUCCAUUGAAGGUCAGAACUUGCUGUUGGCGGCCAAGCGGGAAAAUGUGGCUCUGCAGCUCGAGGCCAACUACCGGGAUCGUUUGCAUACAGCUUAUCAAGCCGUGAAGAACCGUCUGGAGUACCAAGUGGAAAAGACCAAUGCGGAGCGCAGAAUUGCUCAGAAGAACCUUAUCGAGUAUGUGGUGGCCAGAGUGAAGGCCUCCAUCACUCCCGAUCAGGAGAAACAGAACAUCAACAAAUGCAUCUCCGACUUGGCGCUUUUGGCCAAAGCCUAAUGUAAUCAUUGGGCUCAUUUAGAUAAGUUUAUUCUUACACAGUACGACGCAACUGUUAUUGUCGCCUGAAUAAUGGUAACUGAUGAUUAUUUAAGGAAA